AUGGGAGACUCCGUCGACUUCUAUGGCGUCCUGAACAUCCCCAAGGACUCCUCCCCGGAGGCCAUCCGCAAGGCCUACAAGGCCCUCGUCCGGCGAUGGCACCCCGACAAGAACCCCCCCUCCUCCAAGAAGGAAGCCGAGGCCAAGUUCAAAGCCAUCACCGAAGCCUACGAGGUUCUCUUCUUCUUCUUCUUCUUCUUCCUCCUCCGCCUGGCUGAUCUUCGUUCUUCUUAUGCAGGCGCUCAGUGACAAGGAGUACAGGAGCAUGUUCGGCGUCUACCACAGCGCCGACGGGGAGGGCUCCGGCAGGCACCGGGAGAGGUGGACGUCUCCCAAGCAUAGCCCCGACCACCACCCCGUCCCCAGGAGGGCCAACAGCGAUGGGCACCACCGGUACUUCGCCAGGGCGGCCGACUCCGCGGCGGCGGCGACGACGACGAGGAAGGCGGCGGCGGUAGAGCGGAAGCUGGAGUGCACGCUGGAGGAGCUCUGCAAGGGCUGCAGGAAGGAGAUCAGGUUCACCAGGGAGGUCCUCGACAAGAGCACAGGGUACACCCGACACCCCCCUUCCUGUGGCGGCCAUUAUUUUGCUCAUUUCUGCUCCGGAUUUAGCCACUGGUUCGAGCAGAGGAAGAAGAUGAGAUGGAUGGAUUUAGCUCCCUGGUUUUUGUUUUUUUUAUGGUGAUAUCGGGAAGCACAUCCAGGAAGCUAGCACAUCAGUCCGACAUCGCCGGAUCUAAUCCAAUCCCUCCGGUUAAUGCCCUACUUGCAGGAAAAUCAUCAAGAAGGAGGAGGUGCAGACGGUGAGAGUGAAGCCGGGGUGGAAGAAAGGAACCAAAGUGACCUUCGAGAACAUGGGGGACGAGCGGCCGGGCGCCCUCGCCGGCGACGUCGUCUACGUGGUGUCGGAGAAGGAGCACCCCGUGUUCAAGCGCGUGGGCAACGACCUGGUGCUGAAGGUGGAGGUGCCGCUGGUGAACGCCCUCACCGGGUGGACCUUCUCCUUCCGCCUGCUCGGCGGUGACAAGAUGAGCUGCUCGUUCCAGGACGAGAUCAUCCACCCCGACUACGAGAAGGUGAUCCGUGGCCAGGGGAUGCCGCUAGCCAAGGAUCAUCGCCUCCGGGGGGACCUGAAGAUCAAAUUCCACAUCGUCUUCCCCAAGAAUCUGACCGAGGACCAGAGAUCGGGGAUCAGAAAUCUCUUCAAGGACCGCUCCUGA